AUGACGAGUCUUAAGCGUUCGUUCGAGACGGACCCUUUCGCCGCCAAUAUCUCGAGCAAGGUCUACGUCCGUUCGACGAGAAAGGGCAAGGUUCAGAAGAUUGUGAGGGAGGUUUACCUGCGUCAAGAUAUCCCCUGCUCGUCAAAGCUGUGCCGGGUCUGUCUGCAGACGGCGCCCAGAGAUGCAGCCAACAAUGUUCAACCCUUCGUUCUCUCUGACAAGCCGGCGGGGACAAAGGCGUUCCCCCAGGGGCACUACAUCGUCCCCGACACCAACGCGUUGCUGAACGCCAUGGACCUCUUUGAGCAGAGCUCGGCUUUCUACGACGUUGUCAUUCUGCAGACGGUGCUCGAGGAGCUGCGCAACCGCUCGCUACCCCUGUACAACCGCCUCGUCGGCCUCACAAAGAGCGAGGACAAGCGCUUCUACGUCUUCUUCAACGACUUCCGCCUCGAGACGUACGUCAACCGGGAGUCCAAUGAGACGGUCAAUGACCGCAACGACCGCGCCGUGCGCAAGGCGGUGAAGUGGUACGCCGACCACCUGGCGCAGACAAAGGCCAAGACGGUGCCCGCCGUCGUGAUGCUGAGCGACGACCAGGACUGCCUGAGGAAGGCCAAGACCGAAGGUGUCGCGGCCAUGUCACUCUCCGAGUACGUCGGCGGUCUCGAGGAUGGCGAGAGGUUGCUGGACAUGAUUGCCGAGUCGCGGAACUCGAGCUUUUCCAAGAAGCCCGCCGGCCCGAUCUACCCGGAAUACUUCACCAUGUCGAAGCUGAUGACCGGCGUCAAGGCCGGUCUUCUUCACCAGGGCAUCUUCAAUGUCUCGCCGUACAACUACCUGGAGGGUUCCAUUCACGUACCCGCAUUCCCCAAGCCUCUCAUCGUCCUCGGCAGAGAGAACAUCAACCGGGCCGUAAGCGGCGAUGUAGUCGUGGUUGAGGUUCUGCCAAAGGACCAGUGGAAGGAGCCGUCGACCAAGAUCAUCGAGGAAGAGGCGGUCACGCGCGACGAGAACGCCGACGGGGAGGAAGCGCAGGACUUUGUCUCGGAAAAGGAGCGCAAGGCACUGCAGGAGGAGGUGAAGAAGACGCAUAAGAACAGCACCGAAGGCCGGCCGCAACCGACGGCAAAGGUCGUCGGCGUCAUCAAGCGUAACUGGCGGCAGUAUGUCGGACAUAUUGACCCUUCGUCUGCGAGCAAGAGCGGCGGCCAGGGCCGCAAGUCGGACAAUGUUUUCCUCAUCCCCAUGGACAAGCGCAUUCCCAAGAUCAAGCUGCGCUCGAGACAGGUUUCCGAGCUUCUCGGCAAGCGCUUGUUGGUCACGAUUGACGCCUGGGACCGCGAUUCCCGGCACCCCGUGGGCCACUUUGUGCGUUCGCUUGGUGAGCUCGAGACCAAGGCCGCGGAGACGGAGGCCCUCCUGCUGGAGUACGACGUGCAAUACCGUCCCUUCCCCAAGACGGUGCUCGACUGUCUGCCAAAGGAGGGCCACGACUGGAGAGUACCACAGAGCCUGGAAGAUCCCGGCUGGAGGGACAGAGAGGAUCUCCGCAAGCUCCUCAUCUGCAGUAUCGACCCCAUCGGCUGCCAGGAUAUCGACGACGCUCUCCACGCAAGGCCUCUCCCCAACGGAAACUUUGAGGUUGGCGUCCACAUCGCCGACGUCUCCCACUUUGUCAAGCCCGCCAAUGCCAUGGACACGGAGGCUAGCUUGCGAGGCACCACCGUGUACCUAGUCGACAAGAGAAUCGACAUGUUGCCGAUGCUUCUCGGUACCGACCUGUGCUCGCUGAAGCCCUACGUCGAGCGUUACGCCUUCUCCUGUAUCUGGGAGAUGAAUGCCAACGCAGACGUCGUCGGCGCCCGCUUCACCAAAUCCGUCAUCCAGUCAAAGGAGGCAUUCAGCUACGAGGCGGCCCAGCUGCGCGUCGACGACGCCUCGCAGCAGGACGACCUCACCAACAGCAUCCGAACGCUCAUGAUGCUGUCCAAGAAGCUGAAGCAGAAGCGCAUGGACGCCGGCGCCCUCAGCCUGUCCUCCCCCGAGGUCAAGGUGCAGAUGGAGUCGGAGACGUCGGAUCCCAUCGACGUCAAGACGAAGCAGCACCUCGACACAAUGUCCCUCGUCGAGGAGUUCAUGCUUCUCGCCAACGUCAGCGUCGCCGCCAAAAUCUACGAGGCGUUUCCCCAGACCGCCAUCCUCCGCCGCCACGGCGCCCCGCCAAAGACAAACUUUGACGAGCUCUCGAACCAGCUGCGCGUCAAAAAGGGCCUCGAGCUCCGCGUCGACUCGAGCAAGGCGCUCGCCGACUCCCUCGACACCUGCGUCGACCCCGUCGACCCCUUCUUCAACACCCUAGUCCGCAUCAUGGCCACCCGCUGCAUGAUGUCCGCCGAGUACUUUUGCUCGGGCACCCAGGCCUACCCGGAAUUCCGCCACUACGGUCUCGCCUCGGAAAUCUACACGCACUUCACCUCCCCCAUCCGCCGGUACGCCGACCUCGUCGCCCACCGCCAGCUCGCCGCCGCCAUCGGCUACGAGGCCAUCCACCCGGCCGUCCGCAGCCGCGGCCGCCUCGAGGCCGUCUGCAAGAACAUCAACGUCCGCCACCGCAACGCCCAGCUCGCCGGCCGCGCCAGCAUCGCCUACUACGUCGGCCAGGCCCUCAAGGGCCGCGUCGCCGAGGAGGAGGCCUUUGUCAUGAAGAUCUUCAGCAACGGUUUCGUCGUGUUGGUCCCGCGGUUCGGUAUCGAGGGCCUGAUUCGGCUGCGGGACCUCGCGGAGCCCGAGCCCGAGAGCACCUUUGACGCGGAGAAUUAUGUGCUUACCACGAGCGGGAGCAAGGAGCUGCGGGUGGAGCUGUUCCAAAAGGUCAAGGUCAAGGUUACGGAUGAGAAGGAUGAGAUGACGGGUAAGAGAGGUGUCAAGAUGGAGCUUGUUGCCGUUUGA